GGGUAGCUGGAGCAGCACCACCUGCCGGGGCUCCAGAACCCUCCACGGAGGUCCCCAUCUGCAGCUCCCCUGCCCUCACCUCCUUCUCCCUGCCAGGUGCCAAUGGAUUUCCCUGCUGUGGCAAGGAGUCAGUGGACAUUGUGGAGACACAGUGAGAGCCAGUUCCCCAUCCUCCAGGACCACCAACCCUUACCCCCUGCCACCACUGCCAAGUUCUCAUACACCCCCCAACCUGGGAUCUCCCUCCAUUUUGCUUCUUUCCAAAAUCUCCCCAAGGGCAGUGUUGUGGGCGGGGUGGGGGGAAGGAUUCCUACCACCCGCCUUCUACUUCUACCUCCAGCCCCUGACAUUAGUGAAGGACUGAGGGGUGGCGGGGUGCACUCAGAGACAUGAAUGGGAACUGAGCCCUUCUAGCUGCCUUGCUCGGGCACAGAGCGACCGAGGUGGAGGCGGGGGGCAGAUGCCUGAGGAAGGACAGGGAGUCGCAGUGGCUGAGCACUGAGGGUAAGGGCCCAGAUGGCAGCAAAGUGCCAACAAGAACUGACAGGACCCUCCACACACACCCCUGCCUUUCAGAUCUGCCAAGCUGGGGUUGGGCAGGUCAGGAGGAGGGAUUUUGCCCUGGGCUUCUCCCUCUGUGCGGAGCCAACUUCUGGGCACUCGUUCUCCAAGUGAGCUGCAUUGGCUCAUUGAUUAGAAUGAAGAAUCCUGGGCCUUACCUCCAACUAACGGAUCCCUCUUUGGGGUAGGGGGCAACUUGGCAAGCUCUCCAGGCACCUCCUAAACUCACUAAAGAUUGGAAAUGCUGCUCCAGAAUUCUUGGUGGAUGCAGGGACAGCGAGGGGAGUGGAUUGGCCGGGGGCGUCUUGCCGGCCCCUGUCCAAGGGAGGGAAUCUUGAGGCCCCAGAGACCUCCAUUCCCCCUGAAAGCCACCCCACCCACUCCCUGGAGGCCUUUCAUCCAUUCUGUCCCCUUUUGUCAUAGGAGUGGCCUAAGCCAACACCAGCUGGUACCAGAGGAAGAUGAGAUCGAGGUCUCUGCCAAGAGGCAAGAGGAGGGGACAAAGGCAGGAGAGUGGGAUGGAGAAUUGGCCCCAGAAGGACCUCAGGGGCCAGGGGCCUCCUCAGCGUCAGUUGAAACUUUCCAGCUGAAGAAAGAAUUGCUAGAACUGGAGCCCCCACACAAAGUGGACCUGGUCCUGGAGCCAGAACUGGAGCUGGAGGUGGAGUCUGAGCCCAAGGACCCUGAGCAACCGGAGUCUAGGACAGAGUCCCUCCAGCCCCCCACGCAGCAGGACGUCAGCCAGUGGAGCGUGAGGUCAAAUUCUAGCUACCUGAGUUUGGUAGAGGAGGACCAGGCGUCCACCAACCGUCGCUCUAUCUGCGUGCAGACCUCUAAGCACCUCUUCUGGGCGGACAAACACAUCCAGGCCUCAGAGCACAGCCUGGAGCGGGGGAUCAACAUGCAGAGUGGCAAGAACACAGGUAAGACCACUAGCUGUCAGGACCAGCAGUCUGACCCCAAGGACACCAUGCGCUCCAAGAAGCAGCUCCAGAACCCCAGUGCCCAGCCAGCUCCGCCCACCACCGACUCCCAGCAGCCCCCAAGCCCCCACCCAUCCUCCUCCAGUCUCUCACCAGGCAUCGGCCUGGCAGAUCUGGUCAACUUUGCCUCUUCCUUGGCCGUGGCCUCCUCCAGCAAGAUGGACUUGCCCAACUUGGAGCAUAUGAUCAAAGCUCCACCUCAGAAGGUCGAGGCACCUUCUACAGAUCCCGAUAUCCAGCUGGCCAUGGACCAGCCAGAGAAGGAAAAGCUCAUUAAGGACUUGCUAGAGAAACCACUUAAAGCCGAGGAGUCACAGAAAGCUUGGAAGCAGGAAGACAAGAACUUCUUCCACCCUUACCUCGGCUUCAGCAAGCCAGGGAUCAAGAGGGCCAGCUUUGAAGGAGAAGUGAAGCUUCUCCAGCAACAGGCCAGGUCCCCUUCACCUAAAGGAGUCGUGAAAGGCUCGGUGCCGAGAACCGGGAAAGGGAGUCCAUUAUUGCUGAAAAUCCAUUUUAAGGUGUCGUCCCCCACUUCCCCAGAGAAAUGACUAGACAAAACCAGUAAAGCCUCCAGUGCUGGCCCCCGGCUCAGACUUUUUGUGCAAACGCUCCCGGACUAGCGAGCUCACCUGGCUGUGGAGUCCCGGUCUUGAUUUUUUAGGGACGCCAGCCCCAUGGUUUUUUUCUUUCAAGACUUUAUGUAAAUUCUAGUUAGUUAACACAUCGUGUAGUACUCGUUUCCACACACCCCCAUUUUUGAGCUGCCCCCGCCUGUCCCAGAGGGCUCUGCCAGCCCUAUUUGGCCCCUCCUCACUCCCCAGGGGUCCUUCCACUUUGCUCCCACCUUCCAGCCCUCUCAGCCAGCGGCAGAGACUCAUGAGCCGUCUUGGGGAGGCCUUGGUGCCCUCUCUGAGGCUUACGGGUGUCUUAGGUCAUGAAGUGGGGCUUCCUCUUGGCCUGAAGCCAGGGACAUGUUGGGAUCUUCUUAGGAGAGGACCUCCUGGGGUGGGCUGGCCAGGUGAGGAGGCAAGGCUGAAAGGAAUUCUUCCUGCUUCUGUCCACAGCGAGGGCCUGGCAUGGGGAAGGGACGGUGUCCGGGGGCUCAAGGGAGGGGAAGAAAGAUGCCAAAGGACUGCCCCUCCAGGGGCCACAGCCUUGAGCUGGAAGUAUCUCAGAAUGUAGCACGAGUAUGUAAUGGUGUACUUUGCUGAGCAACCCAGACUCACGCGCGCGCACACACACCAUCCGCUGACUCGUACAUCACACAGGCACGCGCAGACAUCCACCCACAGACCGUGCCACACGGGCCGUGUGCACAAGCACACAUCAACACACAGGCCUGCGAGCCAGACACGUGCACUAAACACGCGCACGAAUGCACAAGCCUCCCCACGACGUUGGGCAAUGAGGGAAAGCUCUGGAAGAGGAGAGCUCACUGCAAAGGAGGGAAGGGAGUUCAGAAUGUGGGUAAGAACACGGGCGGGAAAAGGGAAGUCGGGGAGAAAGGGAAGCGAGAGGCAGAGCCAUGGCUUGGGCCCUGGUCAGCCUCCAGCCCCACCAGCACCAAGGCUCCCCAGCAGGUGAAAGCCCAGCCUUGCAGAUCCUCAGGAGCCUGCCCUGCCUUGAGAGGGGGCCGAGGAGGGAAGUGCCCAGGGCCUAGGAGGGUGGGAUUAGGAAGGGGUGAACACUUGGGAAUGGGCCAGGGCCAGAGUGGGGGGGGCAGAGGGAAAUGGAGGACAGGAGACUGGAAAGAGGAAGGAGAAGGAGAUGCAGAGGUGAGUAUCUGGGAAGAGGCUGGGGUGUCGGGGUGCUUCUUCCUGGAGUAUUUUGUGAACUGUGGUUUGCAAGUUUGCAUGGUUUGGAAGAGGAGGUCCUUCCCUCCCAGGGGACCUGGGGGAAGGUGGGGGUGGGCCACAGCCCCACCUUGGGCUGGACCCCUCCUUCCCAUGCCCUGACUUCGGGACUCUAAGGCCUGCUUCUCCCUGGGCCUCUGCCAGCCUGUGUGAGCUUCUGGAGUGGAGUCACAAAUUCGGAUACCUUAAGGGGAGCAGAAACUCAAAAGAGUAAAGCCGCAGGUCCCCCCCCGCCCCCCGCAAACAGAAGCAGGCCUGUGGCAAGGGACAGAGUGCCCUCCUGCCAAAAGCCGCUGAAGUCCACCCCAAAGCCAGCCUCAGAGCCUGUGACUCUGCCUUUCAGGCAGCCGAAGACAGAAGACCAAGAGAUCCCCGUCGUCGGCACAGGGAACGUUCAGGUAACCAGGGCUAGUGAA